AUGGCCGAUGUUGAAGACAGCACCGCCAACCCGGUGAACGAGCCACUGGAUCUUGUGCGCCUUUCACUCAACGAGAUCGUCUUUGUCAAAUUGCGCGGUGAUCGCGAACUGCAAGGCAGACUUCACGCAUACGACAGCCAUUGCAACCUGGUCCUUGGAGAGGUCGAGGAGACAAUCUACGUUAUUGACGAGGAUGAUGAAACUGAGAGCGUGAGGACGCUCAAGAAGCAGUCCGAGAUGCUGUUCGUCAGAGGAGACUCGGUCGUCUUGAUCUCGCCCCAAGCACAAUAG